GGGGGUUGUUGUGGUGGUACGGGUUUGAUAGUGGUGGUACGGGGUUGUUAGGGGUGGUACGGGGGGGUGGGGGUGGUACGGGGGUUGGUUCAUAAUACAAUGAACAACUUUAAUCACAUCAAAAUUAUGAGGUUCUAGUGUCAAACAACACAAAAAAUACAUGCAUAGAAUAAUAAAAUAAUCAUAAUAAUAAUAAUAAAAUAUAACUAAAAUGUACCGAAAAAUAACACACCUUUAAAAAAAACAGAAUACAGCAAGCGUUAUGUAUAAAUCAUCAAUUGUGUAAAACAGCAAGUGUCGAAUACAGCAAAAAAUGCGGGCAAAAAACAAAGGACACAUCAAUGUGAUAACCAUAGACUAAUAAAAUAGCCAUAAUAAAAAAUAUGUGUAAAUAUAACUAAAAACAUACCUUAAAAAGCAGAAUGCAGCAAAAAGCGUUUGAUGAUAAAAACAAGUAACAACAAAAAACAUAUUGGCAGUGAACGGAGUAAAAAGCGAGCAAACUACCGAUAUGUGUUAAGCAUUUACUUGUAAUUGUAAAAACAGUUGUCGAAAAAACAUUAUACACUACAGACGCGGCCCGGAAUGUGUGGACGGCUAACUCUACACUCUACGACGACGACGGUACGAAUGUACGAUAGAAAAAUGUUUUUGUAAAAAUCGGUACAGAAAAACAGAACACAUAAGAAAAACAAGUGAUAAACAACGAAACACUGAUAACCAUUCAACGAAAGUUCUCGGCGAGAAAAUACAAAAAUGUCGAGUACACGGAUGUUAUCAGCAGUAGCGGUUUUCGACAAAACCACUAAAAGCAAGAAUCGAGAAUAAUAAGAUUGAAAAAUAAUACACUUAAUUUUGAUUAAAAAUAUUGGAUAAAAAUAUCUAGGAAUGUAUAUGAAUAUUUUUUACAAUAAAAAGUCCCGCUAGAUUUACCCCCCUCAAAAUAGUAGCAAAAAUAAAAAAAAGUAAUUAAUUGCUGAGCAAUAGGUCUACCAAUAGAUCGAAUAAUAUGUUUGUGACUGAUAAAAUCAAUCAUCGAAUCGAUGGUUUUGACAAACACAAAUAUGUUGUGCAUAUGGCCCCUGAGAUUCUUAGUAUUAUUGACUAGCAAAAACCAAUAUUGACCAAUAGGUCCUUUGACAAAACAAAAAUAUGUUUACGACAAAUAACCCAAAAAGACCCUGAAAACCUGUAUAAAAGGGGUGUGCUUGUACGAAAUGCUUCACAUUACAAGUUCGAGUGUCGUAGUGACUAUUUGAUACUGUCCUACGCACGGCAAAAAUGCAUCGCACCUAGUUAUCGUGAAAACAUCAGAAGACCCAGGCAAAAACAAACCAGGCAACCAUCUCCAUUCCUAGAUUCUCUCUUGGCUCAGCGACUGCUGUGAGUGUGACCAAACCAGCAAACAGUUCUCCACUUGUGUGAAAGGCAGCAAAUCACAAGUUCUAGCGACUAUUUGAUACUGUCCUACGCACGGCAAAACUGCAUCGCACCUAGUUAUCGUGAAAACAUCAGAAGACCCAGGCAAAAACAAACCAGGCAACCAUCUCCAUUCCUAGAUUCUCUCUUGGCUCAGCGACUGUGUCCGGCAGAAUACAACCAAACAAAACCCACAUUAUCUUCAAAAAGGAAACAAACGACAGAUAAAUAAAAAUGAACCCUUCAUAUCUGGAAUAUCCAUUAAUCGUCCAGCGCCUAAAAUCUUUUGAUGAGUGGAUACCAACCCAUCCUAUAAAACCAAUAGUACUAGCUGUUGCAGGUUUUUAUUAUACUGGUAAAAAUGAUAAAGUCUUGUGUGCUAUCUGCGGGGUAGUUGUCAAUAAAUGGUCUGUGUGCGACAUACCUUUAUAUAAACAUAAAGAGUGUUGCCUGUUUCUGGCAGCCUAUAAAAAAGCUCAAAAACUACUAGCAGUCGAUGAACGCCUAAAAACGUUUCCCCCACGUUACAAAACAGCUAAAAAGCUUGCAUCCUGUGGUUUUUACUACACAAAAGAAGAAGGGCUACGUUAUAUAACUAAUAAGGAUAUCACCACAUACAUUGCUAGAUUAGAUACAUUCCUACAGCAACCCGGCCCGUCUAAGCCUCUACGGCUUGCCAGUAUUAAAAGAGCUGCAGAGUUUGGUUAUAUACAAACAUAUGUAGGCUCGGAUAGUCGUGUGAUAAAAGCAGACAUCUGUUUAAUCAUAGAUGUUACUGUAAAAGAAGACAUUGCUGUGAAUAACGAGGUUAUUCAAAAUGGGCGUCUUAUUUGUAAAAUUUGCUUCAAUAACGAAAUUAAUACAGUGUCGUUGCCCUGUGGCCAUGCUGCGAAGUGCUUAGACUGUUCUGCUGUAGUUCAAGAGAGUUGUUGUAUAUGUAGAGCACCUAUUGUAUUCACAACAAGACUUUAUAUUUAAUGUUAUACGAAUGUGUGCGUGAUUGCUUUCAGAUAUAUGUUUUGUUCAUAACGUUACACAUGUUUCAAUGCUAUUUAUUAGGCCUGUGCUGUAUACUGUCAUAACAACCAGAACCCUCCCCCACCCCACCAAUCAGACAUUUUCGUUUUAUUAAACCAUUUUUAAGUCGAAUCUAUUAGCAAUCGGUACAAGAACCUAUUGUUUUUUCUAGUAACAUGGCCUGUACUAUAACGCUUUUGAAUCGCCGAUAUGUACGAAAGUAUGAUGCGUAUUUACAUACUUACUCAUUCACUACAAAAUCCGCACACAAUGGCACAGAGGACUUGAUCAAUACUUUAAAUAGUUGUUUAGAAGAUGUAAAACUAAAAUCAAACUAUGUAACAGGUGAUAAAAUUAGAAUUAUUGCUAGUAACCCUCGCUUUAAUCAACCACUUUCCACAAGCACGUCUACUACUACUACGUUUGGUACUUUGUUAGAUCUCAUUGAAGAUGUCUUGACAUCUGACGAAUCUGUUAGUAUCGACGAAACAGUGUUUGACAUACAAGUACUGAAAUUACCUAGAGGCAAUGGUCGUACCCGUAUCGUAAAUUUGUCGAGAAACCGUCACACCAAGCGCAGCAUAACUGUUGUUCGUAACAAUGAUAAUUUGUGUGCCUUAAGAGCAAUCGUCGUUGCUUUAACAUACCAUAAAACAUCCUUCCUAAACUACACUUUCACAUCUAGACAAAUCACAUACAUCCGAGCAGGUCGUAAACUUCAAGGAGUAAUAGCUCGUGAACUAUGUAACAUUUUGGACAUCGACGCUACUAUUGGUUGUUCUCUGAUGGAUAUUCAGAGAGCGGAACACCUACUAGAUGUACAAGUUAAAAUUAUUAGCGCUGAGAACAACAAUUCGGUUAUUUAUUCAGGAGCAAACAAACCAGUAAUAUUAUUCUUGUAUAAAAUAAAAGACCAUUAUGAUGUCAUUAACAACAUGAGAGCCUUUUAUGGGAGUGUGUACUACUGCAAUCGAUGUGAUACUUGUUACAGAAACAAAAAUAGACAUCGUUGUAAAAAGUCUGUAAUAUGUGAAAUGUGUAACAGACCCGCACAUAAAGAACACAAACAAAUUUAUUGCGACAAAUGUAAUAGGUAUUGUUUUAAUGAGGAGUGCCUACAGAAUCAUGGCGAAGUGUGUGCGCUUGUACAUAAAUGUACAGGUUGUAACAAAGUGUUACAGAGGAAUAAGAGACAUCAGUGUGGCUUUGGCUUGUGUUCGAACUGCGGUCUGUGGGUGGAAACCGCUCCACACAAAUGCUACAUGCAGAGAAAGAACGCCAAAGGAGGUAUUUGUACCGUACCAUGCACAUGCAACAACCUUUCUGCUACAUUAAACAGGGGUUGUAAAGCAAAUUACAAACAACCAAUCACCUGUACCGUACCGUGCGCCUGUAACGGCCUUACAGACGUUGUUGUACGUAAAUGUACUUACACAGAAAAAUACCUAUUUUUUGACUACGAAACAAUGCUUGUUGAUGGAGUACAUGUGCCUACUUUAAUAAUAGUCCAUAAUUUCACUGGAAAUAAAUUUGUUUUUAAAGAUAAUGACGAGUUCUGUAGAUGGUUAAUUUCUGAGAAACACAGAGCAUACACAGCGUUAGCUCACAACUCUAGGGGUUACGAUUCCUAUUUUAUUUUGAAAUACUGUGUAGAAAACACGAUAAAACCCUAUACUAUUUCCACCGGCACAAAAGUGCUGCUGUUGUCAAUACCACACCUUGCUUUAAAAAUAAUAGAUAGCUCGAGCUUUAUUAGUGGCCCUUUAGCUGACUUCCCUAAAACAUUUGGCUUGGCAGAGGUGAAAAAGGGCUAUUUUCCACAUUAUUUUAACAAAAUAGAGAACCAUUCGUACAUUGGUCCAAUCCCUGACGCCUCUUAUUACAGUCCAAAUACCAUGAAACCUAAACAAAGAGAGAGCUUUUUACAAUGGCAUGCUGAUAAAGUGUCUGAGAACUACAUCUUUGAUUUUCAAAAGGAAAUUGUUGAAUAUUGUGACGCUGACGUCGAUAUUUUGCGCCGUGGUUGUUUAGAGCUUCGUAAAGAAUUUUUAGCUGUGGCUAAUAUUGAUUGUUUUCAGUACGUAACGAUAGCUAGCACAUGUUUAGCCAUUUACCGUUCGAAAUAUUUACCCACAAAUCAAAUAGCUGUUGUUGAAAAACAAGAUGCGUACAGCACUGCUGCCAUUUCGUGGUUAUCGCAGUUUCCUGGCCUACGCCACGCACGCAACGGGGGAGAAGUGACAAUUUGUGGAUCCAAAGUGGACGGUUUUGACAAAGAUACAAAUACUGUCUACCAAUUCCAUGGGUCUUUUUGGCAUGGUGACCCUAGGGUGUAUAGUGCAGACACUGUCAACCCUGUCAAUAAAGAACGAAUGGGUGAUCUAUAUGCGAACACUCUACGACGAUCGCAACAGAUACGGGAUGCAGGUUACAAUUUGGUGGAGAUGUGGGAACUAGAUUGGAUCAACUCUGUAGACUACAAAAAAGUUGAACACAUGGUGAAGCCUCUACAACCACGCGAUGCUUUUUAUGGUGGUAGAACAAAUGCUACAAAAUUACUGGUAUAUGGAAAAAAGCUACGGCAUAUCGAUGUCGUGUCUCUCUAUCCAACUGUUCAAUUCUAUGAUGCUUAUCCAGUGGGGCACCCUAUUAAAAUAUACAAACCUGCUGUUUAUGAUUCUUCGUGGUUUGGUCUUAUUAAGUGCACGGUUCUUCCUCCUAGACAACUGUAUCAUCCUGUAUUACCACUAAGAACAACAAAGCUAUUGUUUCCUCUCUGCAAACAAUGCGUAGAAGACAUGCCAGAAACGUGCCUUCACACAGAGAAUCAGAGAUCGUUUUCAGGAACAUGGACAACGUUGGAGAUGUCGAAAGCUUUGGAAAAAGGUUAUAAAAUCAUAAAUAUUCACGAGGUAUGGCAUUUCGAGAAAACGUCUAGGGAUUUGUUUAAAGGAUACGUCAAGGAUUUUAUGAAAAUAAAAUUAGAAAGUAGUCCUCAUACGUAUGAAUCAUCCGAAGAAUAUGCUAGGGUAGUAAAAGAACAGAUGGGCAUAGAACUCGAUUUGUCGAAAAUAGCGACAAAUCCAGGGAGGAGAGCGGUUGCUAAAAUGUCUCUGGUAAGCCUCUGGGGAAAACUAGGCCAACGCCUAAUUCUGACUCAGUCUGAAUAUAUCACUACCUGCAAACGAUGGUAUGAGAUACUGUUGGACGACACACUAGAUAUUACUAACUGCUUAUUCUUUGAAGACAACAUGGUUCAAGUAACAUACCGCGUGAAAGAGCAGUUUGUGGAAAACUCUAAUGACACAAAUGUAUUUAUUGCUGCAUUCACAACAUCCAAUGCUCGCUUAAGGUUGUACGACAUGCUUGAUAAACUGGGUGAAGCUGUUGUCUAUUAUGACACCGACUCUGUCAUAUAUAUUCUUGAUGAUGACGGUCUUAACACUGUCGAAACGGGUGAGAUGCUAGGUGACUGGUCUGACGAAUUAGCUGUUGAUGACUAUAUCACCGAAUUUUUUUCAUCAGGGCCUAAAUCUUACCAUUAUACGACACAGCUAGGCCACGUAGUGACUAAGCUAAAAGGUUUUACCCUCAAUUAUGAAAAUUCUUUAUCUCUAAAUAGGGAUGUUAUGGUUGAUAUAAUUACUAACAAACUAGACGACACUGUUUUGGUUUAUGAUCACAUCUGUAGAGACGUACAGACUAAAAAUAUUGUUACUAAAGAGCGUGUUUCAAAAACAUACCGCAUGGACUAUAACAAACGUAGACCGUUACCUGAAUAUAAUAACAUAAUAGAAACGGUACCCUGGGGGUUCUAAUAAUAUUCUGCUUUUAUCACCUAGCCUAUUUAUUUAUCGUUUUUUUUGUUCUUGUAGAUAAUGACCGGAAGGCCUGCUCGUGUGUGUGUGGAUUGUUGUUGUACAAACCAGUCGUCUGUGUCUGGAGACGAGUGUUGGGAUGACGAGUGGUAUGAAUCACCCCUGCCACACAUCAAACGACGAUACAUGUAUCUACACCUGACGAGCUGUGGGGUUGAUUCAAACCACUCGUCGUCGAACCAACAAUCGUCUACAGGCACAGACGACAUGUUUGUACACCAACAGUUGAGUGUCUCUGUAGACGAGUGUUGGGACAAUGAAGUAUAUGAGUCUCCAUUAUCUCAUAUUAAAACAGCAGCAUCAUUUAAAAAUAUUAUUAGGGAGCAACCACCGAAAAUGUCGAAAACGCAAAAAAAAAAAUUUCGCCAGGCUGAACGUGAGCGCCACCGACUAUUGUUUUUUAAAUGAUGCUGGUGUUUAUGUGUGGGUACUAGUUAGGCUAAGUUAUUUUUUCUUGUUUUGCAGUUUUUUUUUUGUGUUAAGUUUUGUUGUUAAAGUUAGGUUAGUUUUUUGUUAAAAGUUAGGCUAUAGUUAGGUUUUUUAGUUUGUUUUUUUUUUUUAUUUUUAGGUUUUACCGUUAUUUUCUAGUUUUUAGUUUUUUUCGUGUUAAGUUUUGUUGUUAAAGUUAGGUUAGUUUUGUGUUAAAAGUUAGGCUAUAGUUCGGCUUUUUAGUUUUGUUUGUAGUUUUUAGUUUUUAGGUUUUAGGUUUUUAGGGUUUUUCAUGUUAAGUUGCUGUGUUAUAAGAAUAUACUUUUUCAUCAUU